CGUCGUUCUUUAGUCUUUACAAGCCCUGUCGUCUCUCUUAUCUGGUUAUCGCAAGCCCUCGUUCCAGUAGCAUCGCCUCCUCAAAUCGGAAGGUUGGGCUUCGCCAGGGAAGCUUAUAUAGAUGGCAAUUAUACCCCUGGGAGGCAAUUCAAUACCUUAUUUGGGAGUUCGGCCUCGAUUAGCGGUUGGUUAUUCAUCUGCUAGAGCAAAAGCAUGUGGUUCGCCUCAUAUGUUGUUGUGUUAUCAAUUUGGCGGUUUGGCCAAGCAAAACUAUUUGGCUUCAGCUUCUUCAGGUUUCAUUGCCCAAGUACCUUCUUCUCUAUUUAAUAGUGGACUGUUGCAAAAUACUGGCCGGCGAAGAGGUGCCAGGCUUACUGUUAGAGCUGAUUCAGAUUACUACUCAGUACUUGGAGUAUCCAAAAAUGCUUCAAAAUCUGAAAUAAAAAGCGCAUAUCGGAAGUUAGCCAGGAAUUUUCAUCCUGAUGUGAACAAAGAUCCAGGCGCAGAACAAAAGUUCAAGGACAUUAGCAACGCAUAUGAGGUUUUGUCAGAUGAUGAGAAACGAUCUAUUUAUGACAGAUAUGGAGAAGCUGGCCUUAAAGGUGCUGGCGCAGGCAUGGGGGAUUUCAGCAACCCAUUUGAUCUAUUUGAGUCAUUAUUUGAAGGUAUGGGUGGAAUGGGUGGUAUGGGGAGCAGGUCUGCACGCAAUCGACCCACGCAAGGGGAUGAUGAGAGCUAUAAUAUUGUUUUAAACUUCAAAGAGGCUGUCUUUGGUGUGGAGAAGGAGAUCGAGAUAACCCGGCUCGAGAGCUGCGGCACCUGCGACGGUUCAGGAGCUAAACCUGGCACAAAGCCAACCAAGUGCAACACUUGCGGCGGUCAGGGCCAGGUUGUCUCUUCAGCAAGGACACCACUGGGUGUUUUCCAGCAGGUCAUGACUUGCUCCACAUGUGGUGGUACUGGGGAGUCCUCCACCCCAUGCGGUACCUGUGGCGGCGAUGGACGCGUGCGAAAGAGCAAGAGAAUCAGUUUGAAAGUACCGGCUGGAGUGGACUCCGGUAGCCGGCUGAGAGUGCGGUCCGAGGGAAAUGCUGGAAGAAGAGGAGGCCCUCCAGGUGAUCUUUAUGUAUUCAUAGACGUUCUAUCAGACCCUGUACUGAAGAGGGAUGGCAACAACAUUCUAUAUACAUGCAAGGUAUCAUACAUUGAUGCCAUUCUUGGAACUACAAUCAAUGUUCCAACUGUCGAUGGCACGGUCGAUCUGAAGAUACCAGCUGGGACUCAGCCAGGCACGACACUCGUGAUGGCGAAGAAGGGGGUUCCUUACUUGGGCAAGGCGAGCACUCGUGGAGAUGAAUUGGUCCGGGUGCAGGUAGAGAUUCCGAAAAGAUUGAGCAGUGAAGAGAAGAAGCUGAUUGAAGAGCUUGCUAGCCUCAGCAAUGCUAAGACUGCAAACAGCAGGAGAUAGUGAAGCCUUCAGAACUUGUACUAUGGUGUUUUUUUUGUUGUUGAGAUGCAGUUCUUAGCUAGGAUAUAAGAUUAUAUGACAGUAAUUUUGAAAGUUUACAUAUUUUUCAUAUUAGGAAUUAAGACAUUGCAUGACUAUUGAUAGAAAUUUAUUGCAUAAACUAAGUUAUUGAGAGAGUAAUAUUUUAGCAGAUGAUUGAAGUGGAGCGUGCAAUAAGAUUUUUUUUUUCUUUUUGGGCUA